UCUCUCUCUCUCUCUCUCACACACACACACAGAUUCAGCAUGGGCCAUCCUAAAUUCUUUAUUUCAUAAAUCACCCCCCCUCUCUCUCUGUCUCUCUCUCUCUCCCCCGUCUCUAUAUUUUAUAACUUCCAAACCACCACCUUAAACAAAAGCACAGAGAGAGACGUUCACAGUCUGCACCAUCAAUGGCGACCAUGGCCGCCCUUUUCAUCAAAACUCCAAACCGAUCUUGCUCCUUUCCCAAAACCCACAAAACCCAUUUCACCUCACCCUUCAAUCUCUCUAUCUCUUCUGUCGCACAGCCAAAAACCCACUCCAGAACUCGAAUUUCUUGCGGGUUGAUCGACCCGGAUGGUGGCAAACUCGUUGAGCUCGUCGUUGAUGAGUCCCAGAAGGGCACCAAGAAGAGACAAGCUUUGUCUUUGCCCCAAAUCAAGCUCUCAAAGAUCGAUCUUCAGUGGGUCCAUGUGCUCAGUGAAGGUUGGGCUAGCCCUUUGAAAGGGUUCAUGAGAGAGUCUCAGUUCCUCCAAACACUUCAUUUCAACUCGAUCCGACUUGAAGACGGGUCAUUCGCCAACAUGUCGGUGCCAAUCGUGCUCGCCAUCGAUGACUCGCAGAAGAAUCAGAUUGGUGGGUCGACCAGUGUUGCUCUCGUUGAUUCUAAAGAUAAUCCUGUUGCAAUUUUGAGCGGCAUUGAAAUCUACAAGCAUGUCAAGGAAGAAAGAAUUGCAAGAACUUGGGGUACCAUUGCCCCUGGUCUACCUUAUGUCGAGCAAGCAAUAACAAAUGCUGGAAACUGGCUGAUUGGAGGGGAUCUGGAGGUUAUAGAACCAAUCAAGUACCAUGAUGGCCUCGAUCGGCUCCGACUGUCCCCAGCAGAACUCCGUGAGGAAUUCAUGAGGCGGAAAGCAGAUGCAGUGUUUGCUUUCCAGCUGAGGAAUCCUGUGCACAAUGGCCAUGCUCUGCUGAUGACUGACACGCGUCGUCGACUUCUUGAAAUGGGCUACAAGAACCCUGUCCUCUUGCUUCAUCCACUGGGAGGCUACACAAAGGCCGAUGAUGUUCCACUUAGUUGGCGAAUGAGGCAACAUGAGAAGGUGCUCGAAGAUGGUGUUCUUGAUCCAGAGACUACAGUGAUUUCUAUAUUCCCUUCUCCCAUGCACUACGCUGGACCAACGGAGGUGCAGUGGCAUGCAAAGGCUCGGAUAAAUGCAGGUGCAAACUUUUACAUUGUCGGACGGGACCCAGCUGGAAUGAGCCAUCCGGUGGAGAAAAGAGAUCUAUAUGAUGCUGAUCAUGGGAAAAAGGUACUGAGCAUGGCUCCUGGAUUGGAGCGGUUAAACAUACUCCCUUUCAAGGUGGCUGCAUAUGAUAAGACUCAGAGCAAAAUGGCAUUUUUCGAUCCAUCAAGGCCUGAAGAUUUUCUCUUUAUCUCAGGGACCAAGAUGCGAACUCUUGCGAAGAACGGGGAAAACCCUCCCAAUGGAUUUAUGUGCCCUGGUGGUUGGCAAGUCUUGGUGGAAUACUAUGAUAGUUUGGCUCACACUGAGAAUGGUAGAGUUCCUGAACCUGUCCCAGCAUAAAGAUAUUGGUUUCAUGGAGAUGUAAUCCCAUUAGUUUGGGAGAGACCUUAAGAUUUACUAUUCUCCAAUGUACAACUGGUUCCAUUAUUGUAAAAAUUCUCUUUCCAGCUCUCCAAUAAAUUCUGAGGCACUGGUACAGAGACAAAAAACUUUGGCAUCUCAAAGCUGUGCACUUGUGUAUGUGUGCACAUUGUAUCAUAGUACCCCUUGUGUUUAUGUGAAUGAAAUUCAUUGUGGUUUGCCUCUUUUCAUGCUGUGUUUCAAAUAAGUGUUAGCUAUGAUGGUUCGAGCC